AUGGUCCACGCCGACGCAUCCAACUUCGCCAACGGCGUCACCAAGGAGGAGGCCUACGAGCAGGUCCUCCUCCAGGCGGAAGGUCUGUUCUACGAGCAAAGAAACUGGGUCUGCAACCUCUCCAACACGGCCUCCCUCCUCUGGCACGCCUACCACUCCCUCCCGGCGCCCUCCACCUCCGUCAACUGGGCCGGCUUCUACGUCCUCGACCCCAAGGCGCCCGCCUCCAAGCCCGCGCUCAUCCUCGGGCCCUUCCAGGGCAAGGUGGCCUGCCAGACGAUCCCCUUCGGCCGCGGCGUCUGCGGCGCCGCCGCCGCGACCCUGCAGACGCAGCUCGUGCCCGACGUCGACGCGUUCCCGGGCCACAUCGCCUGCGACGGCGACAGCAAGAGCGAGAUCGUCGUGCCCGUUGUCGUGGACGGCAGGCUUGUCGCGAUUAUUGAUGUGGACUGCGCGCUGGCCGACGGCUUCGACGAGGUGGACCGCGUCUGGCUGGAGAAGCUGGCUGCGCUGCUGGCGGCGAGCAGUGACUGGUGA